AUGGACCGCUCGUACCCUAAUGGCGGUAUAUGUAGGCAUUAUUUAAACGGCUCAUGCAGGUAUGGCUCCAGAUGCCAUUAUCGACACGAGUUGCCCACUACACAACCACCCCAAAUAUGUCGCUACUUCCAGAAAGGUGCAUGCUGGUAUGGUGAACGCUGCAGGUGGUACAAAUAUUACUGGUCGAAGAAUGCCUGCACCAGCAGCCUCGCCCUCCACAUCUUCCUCCUCAUCCUACUCUGCAACCUCUUCCUCCACAUCCACAGUUCUGCUUCGCGAGUGUCUGUAAAAAGCUCUGAAUCUGUUUGUGCAGGUGCAUGUGAUAAAGAGGUAAGCCUUCCGGGUGGCACAGAAGCAGCCGGUGCUUCUGCAGCCGCAUUGUGCACCGAGGAGACUGAGGCGAUCUUCCAGAGUCGAGAUGUUAUCUGUGGCAUAUGCAUGGACAAGGUGUAUGAGAAGAUAGACCGCAGAAACAGGGUGUUUGGAAUUUUGCCAAACUGCACUCAUGCCUUCUGCCUAGAGUGCAUCAUGACUUGGAGGAAAACCAGGAACCUUGGGUCCGAUGUCGUCAAGACCUGCCCCCAGUGCAGGGUGAGAUCGGCCUUCUAUGUGCCCAGCAAGUACUGGGUGGAAGGUCAAGCAAAAGAACGUCUAAUAGCAGACUUCAAAGAGAAAUUCAGCAAGCGAAGCUGCAGUUAUUAUGCACAAUACAAAUACUGCCCCUUCGAGGCGGAUUGCCUCUACCGACAUGUCAGGUCUGCACGCCGCCGAUCAUUCUUGGAUGACGACGACGACGAAGAGGAGGAUGAAGACUAUGACGGUCUGCUAAAUUUCUUCAUAGCCAUGACUCUUCUUCAUUCUGACGAGGAUGAUGACGACGACAAUGACAAAUACAUUCCUUUUUUAUUAGCAGAGUAUGGCUUCUGA